AUGGACAUAAAUGUCAGGAUCAUCCCAGGCUAUACAUACUCAGAUAAAAAGUCAAGAAAGUAUGACAGCAAUAUUGCCAGAGAUAAGUCGCCCCCAGCAGGACGCCUUUCACUACCGGGUGAGGAGGGCCACGAUCCUGCGGAGCCAGGGGAGUUGAGAAAACUGUUUAUUGGUGGUUUGAGCUUUGAAACUACAGGUGAUAGUUUAAGAGAACUACAAUGGGGUACGCUCACAGAUCGUGUGGUGACUAGAGACCCCCAAACAAAAUGUCCCCGGAGCUGUGGCUUUGUCACUUACUCUGGUGUCGAGGAGGCGGAGGCAGCAACGCGAGCUGGGCCGCGCAAGGCUGACGGGCGGGUAGCGGAACCAAAGGCUGUUUCUAGAGGGGAUUCUGUUAAGCCUGGUGCCCAUCUCACGGUGAAGAAAAUUUUUGUUGGUAAUGUUAAAGAAGAUACAGACGAAUAUAACUUGAGAGACUCCAUUGAAAAGUAUGACAAGAUUAAAACCAUAGAAGUCAUGGAAGAUAGGCACAGUGGGAAUAAAAGAGGAUUAGCUUUUGUAACUUUUGAUGAUCAUGAGUCAGUUGAUAAAAUUGUUGUUCAGAAAUACCAUACUACUAAUGGGCGUAACUGUGAAGUGAAAAAGGCCCUUUCCAAACAAGAACUGCAGUCUGCUGGGUCGCCAAGAGGCCGCGGAGGUGGAUCUGGCAACUUCAUGGGUGGUGGAGGUAACUUUGGAGGUGGCGGAGGUAACUUCGGCCGUGGUGGCAACUUUGGUGGGAGAGGAGGCUGUGGUGGAGGUGGCGGCAGAGGUAGUUACGGAGGAGGUACUGGUGGGUAUGAUGGAUUUGGAGGUGAUGGUGGCAACUAUGGUGGCAGUCCUGGCUGCAGUAGUAGAGGAGGCUAUGCGGGUGGUGGGAGACCAGGAUAUGGAAAUCAAGGUGCUGGAAAUGGUGGCAGUGGUGGAGGAUAUGAUGGUUCCAAUGAAAGGGGAAAUUUUGGUGGUAACUAUGGUGGUGGUGGGAACCAUCAUUUUAGAAAUCACAGUAGACAACAGCAAUCAAAUUAUGGACCCAUGAAGGGGGGCGGUUUUGGUGGAAAAAGCUUGGACAGCCCCUAGGGUGGUGGUUAUGGGUCUGCGGGUAGAAGUGGUGGAUAUG